GCGAGGACAUCCGCUCUUCCUUCCUCCCUCAUCUCCGUCUGCGCGUGCCGUGCUCCAUAUAACCAUCUCUCUCCUCCGAAUCCGCCCCCAAAUCGCCAUUUCCUCCUCUCUCCCCCUCCCCUCCUCCACCGUCGCCACCGCCCCGCCGCAGAUCGAGACGGUCCGUCCCGCCCGUUGUCGGACCCCGAAUCCCCAAAUUCCCGAUCAAAUCUCCCCGCGGCCGGAGCCGAUUCGAUCGAAUUCGAGCCCCGAUCUGCGGCCACCGGGCAGGCGCUCCGUCGGAAUCGGCUCGAAUUCGGGUGAUCCGGAGGCGCAUGGAGGGAGGCCCCGCGGAUCCGAGCUAGGGUUACCGCCGGCGGUGAUCUGGUGAUGGUGCAGCGCGGCGCCGGGAGGACUCGGCCAGGAGGGAUCGGCGGCUGGGAAGAUGCGCGGCUAUGCAUGGGCGGCGCCAAGGCUGCGGCGGUGAGGGGUGCGGCGACCGGCGUCCUUUCGUCCGGCACAUGUGGCCGGCAACUCGCGUAGAGGCAGCUCCACCACCGGCAAAGGGACCAGCCUCUCCUCCUCCUCAUCCCCGCUCCUCCGUUCCUCCGCUCCGGACGACCUCUUAUCCACCCGCACCGACGACUCCCCCGGCAGCACCACACAAGCAGGAGGCCGCCGAUUCACCCCGUCCGCCCUCAGCAGACUCCUUCCUAAAGGACGGGCGUGAAUUCCGAGUUGGAGAUUGUGCACUUUUUCAGGCUGUUGAUGUUCCGCCUUUCAUUGGGUUGAUACGCUGGAUUGAGAAAAAAGAAGAAGGCUUUCCCAAGUUACGUGUAAGUUGGCUCUAUAGAUCUGCUGACGUCAAACUUAACAAGGCGAUACAGCUCAACGCUGCACCAAACGAGAUCUUCUAUUCAUUCCACCAGGACGAGACAUCUGCUGUCUCUCUACUACAUCCUUGCAAAGUUGCCUUUUUACGUAAAGGUGUUGAGCUGCCUGCCGGAAUUUCUUCAUUUGUGUGUCGGCGUGUAUAUGAUAUUGACAACAAGUGUUUAUGGUGGCUUACAGACAAAGACUAUAUUAAUGAACGGCAGGAAGAAGUAAACCGACUUCUGCAUAGAACAAGGUUAGAAAUGCAUGCUGCAGUACAGUCAAGUGGACGCUCACCGAAGCGGCUAAAUAGUCCGUCAUCUGCCCAGCAGAAGUCCGGUUUGGAUGAUGGACAAAAUUGUGGUUUAUCUAAAGGAAAGAAGAGGGAGAGAGUUGAGCAAGGAAUUGAUCCAGCUACGCGAGACCGUGAUCGCCCCCUUAAGGUCGAAGAAGGUGAACUGGGGAACUUAAAGGCAGAAAAUAUGAAGCAUGCAUUUACAAAGUUUAUUGCGAAGUUCGCAGAAAAAGGCGGGCUUCCUCACGCUGAAGCAGUCGAGAAGUUAGUCCAGUUCAUGCAACUUGAUCGAACUGAACGGAAGAUAGACCUUGGUGGUCGAGUAGUGCUUGCACAUAUUAUUGCAGCUACAGAAAGUCCUGAUUGCCUCGGGAGAUUUGUGCAACUAAGGGGCCUUCCUAUUUUGAAUGAGUGGCUUCAGGAGACUCACAAGGGGAAGUCUGGUGAAGGGGGUAGUCCUAAAGAAACCGAUAAGCGUGUUGAAGAAUUUCUCAUGGCACUGCUUCGUGCUCUCUCAAGAUUGCCUAUCAAUUUGAAUGCCUUGCAGAGUUGCAGUAUUGGGAAAUCUGUCAAUCAUCUGCGUAGCCAUAAAAAUGCUGAGAUACAGAAGAGGGCGAAGUGUCUUGUUGAGAACUGGAAAAAGCGUGUUGAUGCUGAAAUGAAGUCAAAUGAGGCGAAAACUGUAGUAUCUGGUCAAGCUGUUUCCUGGUCAGGCAAAGGGGGAGCUGCAGAAGUUUCUAAUGGUGGAAACAGACGAAGCGCCUCAAGUGAGGCCAGUCCAAAAAACCCAGUAUCUCGGACUGCUAGACCUGGUGCAUCUGAUGCUGUUACGAAGUCGAAUCCGCUCACUUCUGGCUCUUCGAAGUUGCAACACAUGCAGCCUGCAAAUGUUGCAACCAACUCGAAGGAUCCACCAUGCAAAUCGGCUGGUGGUUCUGAGUUGCCAACAGUGAAAGAGGAGAAAAGCAGCAGUUCAAGCCAAUCACUGAACAAUAGUCACUCAUGCUCCAGUGAUCAUGCAAAAACAUUUGGUUCUCCUUGGAAGGAGGAUGCAAGAAGUUCUACAGCUGCUUCUGGCAAUGCCAGUAAAACUUCCGGGAGUUCUUCACGCGUCCAUCGAAGGGCAAACAGUGUCCGUCUUGGUUCUGGGAUACAAAAAGAAGCUACUGCAGGAAGAUCUACCUCACUCGAUCGUUCGUCGUUCCAGGAAAAAUCAUCACAAUCUGGAAUGGCGUCUGAAAAAGGGGGCGACACACCCUCUGAUAACAGUAAUGGCCAUAGAUUGAUUGUCCGCUUUCCAAACCCUAGCCGUAGUCCUGCUAGAAGUGUGAGCGGAGGCUCAUUUGAGGACCCGUCUGUUACAGGGAGUAGAUCUUCCUCUCCUGUAGAUAAGCAUGAACAGAAUGGUCGGCGGGUGAAAAUGAAGAUCGAAAAUUCUCGACCUCACUUAGCUUCUGAUGCUAAUGCUGAGUCUUGGCAUAGCAAUGAGAUAAAAGGGGUUGCAGGGUCUGAUGAAGGUGAUAAGUCAGCAUUCCCUACAUUGGAGAGCAACAGGAGUACUGAAGAAGCUGUUAAGGAGGCAUGUGCAUCACGGCCUGCAAGUUUGUCGCAAGUGAAUGAGAAAGGAGUCUGUUCAGGUGAAACCAAGGGGAACUCAUUCAACCCUAUGAAUGCUUUAAUUGAAAUAAAAUACUCUGAAGCUGGUCCCCCUCUGCAAGCUGGGGAUGAUACUGCAAUGAACCUUCUUGCCAGUGUGGCUGGAGAAAUAUCUAAAUCUGAAUUAAUUUCUCCAUCAGCUUCACCGAGAAAUUCGUCUGCAGAUGAAGUGGGAUGUGAAGGUGACAGCAUUGAGAAGUUAAAAGUAGAAAGUGACAUAGCCCCGUCUCAGCGUCAAGGUUCCUCAGAUGUUCAGAAAGUCACUUUGGUGAAGCAAGAGAAAGCUGAUCCUUGUUUGAUUGCCAAGGAGGAGCGUAACCAGAGGGCACACUUGUCAUUGCACGACAACAAAAUCACAACGACUACUGGGCUGUCACCUCAAAAUGGUACAGACUGUAAUGCCGUUGAAUUUUCAGCAAAGACUGAAAACCAAGAGGAGGGUUGCACAAAUAAGUGUCUUCCUGUACCUGGGGCUGAUUCACAAGGUCAAGAUCGUAAUGCAUGUUCCAGCCGUGGGCCAGUUGAAGAUGGUCGCAUAAGCAGCCCUGAUGUUGUCGGCACUACUUUAGGUGGUCAAUGCAAUUCAGCCGUUUCUAAUCGCACGCCAGAAUUGCUCCCUCUUGAGGAGUUGCAAUUGUCUGUCCCUGAUAAGCAGCCCCAUGCCUUGUUAAAGCCAACUGAUCAAAAGCCGCUUGUAGGUGUACUAGAUCAGUUGGAAGCCAUCGAUACACGUGAUGGCAGCGCUGGUGGUAAAUUUGAUUUGAAGUCUUCAGCGUGUCCACUGGCUGCGGGUCCCAAAAAGGCUGAAGACUUGGGUGUUAACACAGUGCUAAAAGAGGACGAAAAGGAGCAGCCUUCUUCCACUUCAGCUGAUGUUAACAAGCUAGUUGUAUUCCCAGUUGAUGUGCCGAAUGGGAUUAAAGAAUCAAAGGAUAGUUCCAGUGAAUCGAGUAGUCAAGUAAAAUCUGGACCUAUCAUAUCUCAGGAUAUUGAGCAUGAUGCAAGGCAGAGUCCAAAGAAGCUGAGCGAUGAUGUUGGCGGAAAAGAGGUUCUUGCCUCAUCAGACGAGGGUACUUCUAUUGCUGCCAAGGCCAAAUCAAAUGGUACUGCUAAGCUUGAUUUUGAUUUGAAUGAACUUGGGGAUGAAGGGAAUCACUCUGAGCAAGUUACCUCUCCUGUUAUAUGUUCUUCUGCAAUUCCUGUACCUGGUCUUUCUCCAUUCGUAUCACCUGUUUUAAGUGGUCUGCCUGCCCCAAUAACAGUAGCAGCUCCAGCUAAAGGACCUUUUGUCCCUCCUGAGAAUCUACUACGAGUGAAGCCUGAGGCUGGGUGGAAAGGCUCAGCAGCUACAAGUGCAUUUCGUCCUGCAGAACCACGAAAGGUUGUGGGGGCAUCUCUGACUGCACCUGAUAUUGCAGGAUCUGAUAGUGCCGGGAAGCGGUCUCGCCCCGCGUUUGACAUUGAUCUGAAUGUAGCAGAUGAAGAGAUUCUUGAGGAAGAUUUCUCACAGAGUUCUGCUCAGACAGUUGGAUCUGAAUCUGGAAACACUAGAAGUCGUGAUGGUCCUGUGCGAAGCGCCGGCAUUGAACUUGACUUGAAUAGGUCUGAUGAAGUUGCCGAGAAUAACCAGUUUAUCUCAAACUCUUCCAACAGAGUUGAAGUCACAUUGUUGCCAGCAAGAUCCUUGCCAGGAGGUUUACCGAGUACCAGUAUGAAUAGCUCAAAGAACUUCUUUGAUCUCAAUAAUGGACCAAGCCUUGAUGAAGCUAGUACAGAACCUGCACAAAGGAGUCUAUCAUCUAAAGGUGCUAGCAGCAUACCUUUCCUGCCUCAAGUUGCUGGUCUUAGAGUGAACGGCACUGAAAUCAAUAACAUGUCACCAUGGUUUGCUUCUGCCAACCCAUAUGCUCCUGUAGCUAUGCAAUCGUUUUUGCCUGCUAGAGGAGAACAUCCUUACCCAAUUGAAACAGCAUCUGGAACCCAGAGGAUGAUUGUGUCUGCUGCAGACAGCAGCCAAUUCGGAAGUGAUUCAGGCAGGGCUCCAGUUAUUUCCACACCACCAACCAUGGUGUUUCACCCUCCUCCUGCAUAUCAAUAUGCAGGAUUUCCUUUCACUCCCAGUGUUCACCUUCAGACAACAGGUUUUCCAAUUGGAUCGACGUCAUAUGCCACCAAUUCUGCACCUGCAGGAGUUCCAUUCUUUCCAACCAUUGCCCCGGCACUUGUUGGGUCAACGGGUGCAUUACCUCCCCAACAUGUGAGGCAAUAUGCAAUAAACCGUCCUGAAGGUAGCAGCAGUGAUGGACUCGACAGUAACUGGAAAUGGAAAAGACCAGGAGGAGGGUUUGAUCUUAAUUCUGGUCCUGGGAGUAUAGAUUUAGAAGGGAAGGACGAACGGAUACUUUCAUCGGUUAGACAAACUUUGAUGACGCCGCCGCAGGCCUUUGUGGAGGAGCAAACGAGAAUGUACCAAUUGCCUGGUGUAGGAAUAAAGAGGAAGGAACCCGAGGGCAGUUGGGAUCCUGAAAGAUCAUCAUACAAGCAAUUGUCAUGGCAGUAGGAACUUUGGCGAGACCUCGCAUCGACUUCUUUUGUCUGAGGCAACUGCAUGUGGAAGUGAGGCGUUGUAUUGCACCUGGGUGACCCUGGUGGGCUGGGAUAUACAACUCACACAUGGAUUCAUGUCUGUGACGACAUGGGAUUGUGGGAGGAAUGAAACAUGGCUGUAAUUGCUGUAAAUGUUAACCAUAUUCAUACUUUCCUGGAACCAGUUUUCCUCAGCUUGAGCAGUUGCUUUGCUAGAGUUUUGUACCUGCCAGGCUUGCUUCUUCUGUUUUUGCCAGGAGCGUAUGGGUUUGGAGAUGGAACGGUAAUGCUCCUUGGCAUCUUCAAACACCUCAAGCCGCUGUAAUUAGUCCCGGUGGUCCUUUUUUCUUUUCAUUUUCUAAGUUUCUUAUGAUAAACCGUCUCUUUGACAUUGCUGGGCACAUCUGCAGCUUUAACAUACUAUGAUUUAGCCGUGACAUGUAUCCUGCCCUGCGGGCAAGUGUUGCAUCAGUAGAUCAGGAAGUCAUAAUAAUUUGCCGUGGCUGACCCUGUUA